UUUCCAAAGCAUCCCAUUUUAAAAACUACACACCUCUUCUCAUGGCAGCCGGCUCAGGAAUCGUAGAAAUUGUUGAAAAAAUCAUUGACAUGAAUCCUGAGGCUAUUAGUCAUGUUAGUCAGGAUGAACACAAUGUUCUACACAUGGCUGUGAAGCACCGACAGCUUAAAAUCUUCAAUCUGAUAAAGAGAAAUUCUGCAUUCAAAUCAUUGAUACACAGGAUAACCGGGGAAGGUCGCACUCUCUUGCACCAAGUUGCUAGAAUGGAGUUUUACAAAGAGCAACGGCUCCCUGGCGUGGCGUUCCAACUGCAAGACGAGUUGCGUUGGUACGAAAGAGUGAGAAGGAUUAUUCCUCCUCACUACUUGAUGCAUUGUGACAAAGAUGGCCUAACAGCUAAUGAUGUUUUGGAAAUGGAGCAUCAGGAAAUGCACAAAGAGGCAAAGUGCUGGAUAAAGGAGACAGCUCAAUCAUGCUCCACAGUAGCAGUUCUUGUUGCCACAGUUGUCUUUGCUGCUGCCUACACAAUCCCAGGUGGGAGUGAAAACGGCACACCAGUGUUCUUUGGCUCACGAGUCUUCCUCUUCUUCACUGUCACAGAUGUUGUAGCCCUUGUGAGCUCACUUGCCUCAGUGGUGAUGUUCCUUUCAAUCCUAACAUCACCAUUCGAGUUAUGGGAUUUCUACAGGUCCCUCCCAAGAAAACUCAAUCUGGGAUUUGCAUUGUUGUUCUUCUCAUUGGUGUGCACAAUGCUGGCAUUCAGCGCAACCAUAUUGCUGACGAUUCAGUUGGAGAACACGAAAUGGACUUCUGUUUUGUUCUAUUGUGCUGGAUUCCUUCCUGUGGCUAUAUUUGCAUGGAUGCAAUUCCCACUCUAUAAGACUCUUCAAAAGUUAGUUAGGAGGCUUUACAACAGGGUUAAGCAGGUGUAAGUGAAUGAUGUUAUUAUAUCUAAUAAGCUCAACUUUCUUGCUUGAGUUUAUGUGUUGCCGGAUAUAAACUAGUAUAUUUGU